UGCAUCUGGAACAACCGACGGAAAGAAAAAGAAACGGUGAUUUCUGGGGACAAAAGGUUCCCCGGAGGGUAUUAUUUUGUGGGGGGGAAAAACAAAACAAAACUUCUAGAGUUCGAUGGUACUACUAAUAAAAUAUGAAAUCAAAAUCUGAUUACUCCAAUUCUCCCUGCUUUGUCUUCAUCUUGUUGACACACAGUCACACACUGCCAAAACUCCCCCCUUUCUCCCCCUUUUAUUGCUUUUUCCAACACUUUCCGCAUUUACAAACCGGCCUUUUGUACUCCUUUUGGCGUUUUUUUUUUCCUUCCCUCAACCGGAUCUUUUGAUCCUUGAUCAAUGCCCAAACGGCUUUCGUCUGUUUUCCUUCUCUUCUUUUCUACCAGCUUCUUUGGAGUUAAAAAGUUCUGAUCUUUUGAGACUCCGGAAUGGUGACCUUGAAAGUAGGAACUAGGCCGCCGUGGGUUGGGCUUGGGGUUUCAGCUUGGUUGCUGAUAGCAUCUGGGAAUGCUGCCACUUUUCCACUCUAUUCUCAUUCCCUCAAAUCAAUCCUGGGUUUUAAUCAGCAUCAACUUACCCUGCUUGGAGUUGCCUGUGAUAUAGGGGAAAACAUGGGCCUUGUUCCGGGUAUUGUAUGCAACAAGUUUCCACCUUGGGUUAUCAUCUCCGUUGGUGCUUUUUCAUGCUGUUUUGGUUAUGGGGUCCUCUGGCUUGCUCUUACUCGCACUGUUCCUACAUUGCCUUAUUGGAUGUUAUGGGUAGCGCUCUGUAUUGCUACAAAUAGCAGUACUUGGUUGAGCACAGCUGUGGUAGUAACAAACUUGAGAAACUUCCCUUUGAGUCGGGGCACAGUUGCUGGCAUCCUUAAAGGUUAUAUAGGCUUGAGUGCCGCAGUAUUUACGGAAAUUUACAGUGCACUGCUGCAUCAAUCUUCUUCCAUGCUGCUAUUAUUCCUCGCAAUUGGCAUCCCUUCACUUUGUUUGGUACUAAUGUGUUAUGUCAGGCCUUGUAUCCCAGCUUCAGGGGAUGAUGCUUCAGUGUCUUCUUAUUUUCUCUUCAUUCAGGCUGCAAGUGUUGUGCUUGGUAUUUGUCUUCUUGCAGCUUCCAUAUUAAACAGCGUGCUUCCUUUGAUUGCUCCGGUCUCCUUAAUGUUUGUUGCAAUAAUGGUUUUACUCCUCAUAACUCCGCUCGUGAUUCCUCUAAAGAUGACAUUGUACCCUUCAAAUAGUGGUGAAUCUGCUUCUUCUAGUGAACCUGAGAAUCUUGUCGUUAGAAACUAUGAAUGGCAGUUUAAGACGGAACCACUUUUAGCACCAUCAUCAUCAUCGGGUAGUUUAAAUGGAAGUGACAGUGUGUCAGAGGUUGACGUGCUUCUUGCUGAAGGACAUGGAACUAUAAGAAAGAGAAGGAGACCAAGAAGAGGUGAAGACUUUACAUUUGCUGAGGCACUGGUCAAGGCUGAUUUCUGGCUUCUGUUUCUUGUGUACUUUGUCGGAGUUGGUUCUGGUGUUACUGUUCUCAAUAACUUAGCACAGAUAGGAAUAGCUCAAGGUGUUGAAAAUACAACUUUGCUGCUCUGCAUCUUCAGCUUCUGUAAUUUUGUUGGUCGUCUUGGUGGAGGCAUUCUUUCUGAAAUUUUCGUGAGAUCAAGAACAAUGCCUAGGACAAUUUGGAUAACAUGUACACAAGUGGUGAUGAGCAUCGUGUAUCUUCUCUUUGCAUCGGCUAUGACUGGUACCCUUUAUGCCGCAACUGCAUUGCUGGGAGUAUGCUAUGGGGUUCAAUUUUCUGUCAUGAUUCCAACAGCAUCUGAGCUUUUUGGCCUGAAACAUUUUGGUAUGAUAAUCAAUUUCAUGUCACUAGGAAACCCUUUGGGUGCUUCUCUCUUCUCAGUUCUUCUUGCCGGCAUUCUAUAUGAUUAUGAGGCAGCAAAACAGCAUCGGAAGUCUUGCAUAGGACCUCAUUGCUUUAGAAUUACCUUCAUGGUUCUGGCUGGAGUUUCUAGUGUGGGAGUCAUGCUCAGUAUAGUUCUAACAAAAAGGAUAAAGCCUGUCUACCAAAUGCUAUAUUCAGGAGGCUCAUUCCGGAUGCCUCAAAAUUCAAAUAAAUGAGAGAACAGGAGCACUGUCCUUAGUAUUUGAGUAACAGAACUGUAAGUUGUGUACAUUUGUACUGUAAUUACUAAGAUUAUAUUGAUCAUUAAUGAAACAGUAUUGGCAUGUAUUACAAGAUGUUAUAGAUAGGAUAGGACUAAUAAAAACUCUUUUUUUUUUAUAUCAUAACUAUUCAAUUAACAAGAGAACCUGAGAAUAUUAAGUUGUUCACCAUUCAUGUUUGUGCUAACUCUCAUAAAGUCAGCACCAACUAACUUUAGAUACUGCGGUAGCUUCAAGAGGCUGUGUCAGCAUCAGCACCAACUAACUUUGAAUAUUUUGGCAACUUCAGUGGAGCCAGUCUAAUUAUGCUUUGAUGAUACACAUGUUCUGUAUUACUUGCAAUAAUAAGAGAGAGACCAGUCAUAUGCAUCUGAACCAAAUUUAAGACAGGAAUUGCCUUUUUUGUUGAAACUGGAAAAAGGUAAGAGGCAUAUGCUACUAGGCAGAGAAAGUUUCCAGUACCUUGCUGUAGGUCCGGUCCUAAGGCUUUUCAAUGGUAGUGCUGCAGAUUGCUGUUGCAUUUUUACGUAACCUCUUUACUUUGGAAAGCCAAAGGUAAACUUUCAAGGUCUAUAGAUUUUAAGUUCGUGAGCUUGUUUAAUGAAUGUGUUUAGAUGUCUAACUCUGUUAGACAAACCUUAGCACAAUGGUAGGAUUGCUUCACUGUGAUCAGACAGGUUUGAAUCUGAAAACAGCCUCUUAGCAUAAGGGUAAGGCUGCAUAGGACGGCCCUUCUGCCAUAUGAAACCAUUGGACUCCAAUCUUUUAGAACAGAAAGUUCAAGGAUUAGAACUUCCAAUCUUAUCUACACUUGUGAAUUUAGGCACGAAUUUAUCACAGAACAUUCAUCAUUUGCAUCAUCUGUGUUGGUUAUUACUUGCAGGGUUGCAGUUGUCUUAACUCUUAAACAAGUUAAAGCACUAAAAUAAUGCUAAAAGAUCUGCACUUCUUUGCGAAGAAAUCUGAUAUUAUGCAGAGUGACAGGGUAAAGAGAAACAACCAAGCCCAAGCAGGCAAGCAUAUAUGAAAUAAUCCAGAUGACUAUAGAAAACUCACGAUUGUUUCUUAGUUAACAUAGUCACGAUUAUGGGCAGAAACAUAAGCCUCUGCCUAGAUGCAAGCUAGAUUUUCUAGUGACUGUAGAUAAUAACUAAAAAGACAGAAAAUCUGCAAAACAAAAUACUGUCUUUUCCCACAGUGGAUCAAUAAGAAGCAGAAAACUUCUGAUCAAGUGGGUUUCAGAUCCUGAAACAUUAAGGACCAUAGUGAAGGACCAUCAUCAACACACCCCACCUUUCUCUCAUAAUAGUGAUUAAGAAUUGGGCUCAAACCUCUUCCAUCCCAUGGAGUUGUUGUUGUUGUUAGGGUAGGACUCCUGGUUGCGAAACCAAACCUUUCUCUUCCUUUUCCAUCAGGUAUUCCGUUAGUACUUGUCCUCAUUGGGCUCAAAUUUGCAAGCAUCCACUUGUCUUGUAGCUUCCCAUCCAGAGGCCCUGAUAUGCUCAAACAUCUAUUGUUCAUCAGCAUCCUCUCCUGUUGCAUUACUCUUCUGUCUAAAGGCCCUGACUUCAUCAUCACAUUCUUGUUGCUUGUUGUGAUCACUGCAGGCUUGUAAUCUUCCUUUGAGCUACUGAGCCUUCUGAGUGCUCCACUCCAGUGACUCGGGUAAGCACACAAGUCUGUUGUCGAAAUCAUUUCGGACUGAGUUGAAUUCUUGCUCUGAUGAAAAGCCCAUCGGCCAACUUUCCUUGUGAAGAGUUUUUUGGUUUUGUUGAAUGCCAACACAAGCUUAGACAACCCAUUUUGGCUCCCUCCAAGUUCCUUCCUAACAAGCUUCAAUAUCUCCAACCGAUGUUUAGCUACAUUGAUGCCCAAACUCUUGAGGAAUUCAUGGUUAAAGUAGACCAGAUCAUCUUUCUCUAGCUCAUUCCUGGUGAAAGCUAAACCAUACUCAUAACUAAUGGAUGGCUCAAGAUUACAUUUUGAUAACCAAGAGUACCAAUCCAUGGUAGCUGGCUUGCUACUGAUCAAUCGCUUAUGUCUGUGUUUCUAUGCUUUAAUAGUUCUUAGUGAGUGAUAUGGACUUAUUGGGAGGUAUAUAUGCAAAUUGAGUGAUUAGAGUCUAUGAAAUUUGGUGAAAAAGGACAUAAAAUGGGGCCAAAAAAGAAAAAGGAAAAAAGAACAAAAAGAUAUUAUGGCCAAAGAGAGGAUGGAUAGAAGAGUUUUUGCUUGAAAGGUAUAUGUGCAGCACACAUGCAUGUGGAGUGGACUGUGGUGGCCCUGUUGGUUAAAACAAUAAUAAUAAUAAUAAUAAUAA